AUGGUCAACGUUGAACAACUCGUCGAAGAUAUUAUCAAGAACAACAAGGUCGUUAUCUUUUCCAAGAGCUACUGCCCUUUCUGUAAGCGCGCCAAGGAUCUUUUGCAGUCGUUGGGCGUGGAAUUCUUUGUUAUUGAGCUUGAUCAAGACUCAAAUGGCGGUGCCAUUCAGGCCUACUUGUUGAAGCGCUCUGGCCAAAGAACCGUUCCCAACAUUUACAUCAAGGAACAACACGUUGGUGGUUGCGAUGACCUUUUUGCUGCCCAAUCAAGCGGUCAACUCAAGAAGCUUUUGGAGGCCUAA